CACCAGGGUGGACGGACCCCUGCCACACCCUUCCACAAUAAACAAAGACCGGGACUUCUGGGACACCAGUCGGUGCUUGGACUGGAACAGUCUGCUGGUACUUGCCGAAGCAGAGAACUUCACUGUUGGUGGAGAGCCCUGUUUUUAGCCUAUUUAUAAUUACACACUCAAAGCAGCCUCUGCAUCCGUAGAUGAGAUAUCAUCUCCCGUAAACGCCCCCUCUCGAUUAUGCUCACAUGAGCCUUUACUCCACACACACGUUCUCCCAAAAACACAGAGGAGGGGGGAGCAGAGGGGGGAGUAAAAAAAAAAAAUCACCCUUUGUCUAGGUCGCCUCUCCAGUGGUAGCCUCGAAACAGGAAUUCAGCUGGGAGAAGUAUAUAUGGACCAGACUGUCUCCUCCUCCCCCACCACCAUAGGCACACACAACACACUCUCUCCUCCCUCCCUCCUUCCCUUCCUCCCUCCCUCUCUCCUCAUGCUAACCUCCUCCUCCUUCACUCCCAGGCUGUGCCUUUGUGUGUGUGCGUUGUGGAGCCGACUGCGUCCACCCGAAAACCCCUCCAAACGGAAGCGCUGCACAGAAAAAGCAGCUCCUAAUUCCGUCAAGGGAGUUGGUCUCACCUCCUUCUGUUGUACAUGCAGAUUCUGGAGGAGAGAACUGAAUGAAGGGUGGAGGAAAUAAUGAGGAGCAGCGGAUGAGGGUGGACAGCAGGUGAAUUUCUCACUUAUCCAGAGCCAAGGAGGAGAGGAGCGCGUAAGAGCGGAGCAGAGAGUGCCGCAAAUUGCGCUGGCCACCGUCAGCAAACCUUGCUCCGUGUCUCCUCCGCUGCUCCGAGGGUCUCCUCACCUUCUCCGUCCGUCCCUCUCCAAGAACACCAGCCCACCACGGCGCUCUUUGGACGGACAACAGUGGAUUUCUGGGAUUUUUUUUGCGGUUGCGACCCGUGAGAGAUGGAUUAAAGGAACGCGUCCACAGCCAAACUGGAGCAGCACGCAAGACCACGCCGGGGGGGAAGGGGGCGCAGAGACUCGGUGAAUUCACGGAGCCCACGGGACAGAGGUUCUGACUGGUCCCAACCAAAGAUGCCGUCUCCCAAAAACAAAGCCAAGAAGAAGCCGCCCAAGGACAGCAUGACGCUGCUGCCAUGCUUUUAUUUUGUAGAGCUCCCCAUCGUCCUCUCCUCCCUGGUGUCCUUGUAUUUCCUGGAGCUGACAGAUGUGUUGUCUCCUGCGAUGGUGGGUUUCCGCUGCCGUGACCGUGACCUGUCCAUGCCGUACAUAGAGACGGGAGAUGAGCUCAUCCCGCUGCUGAUGCUGCUCAGCUUGGCCUUCGCUGGUCCUGCCGCAUCCAUAAUGAUGGGGGAGGGCCUCAUGUACUGUAUGCAGUCCAAGCUGAAGACUUGUCCAAAGUCGGAGAGCAGCAUCAACGCCGGAGGCUGCAGCUUCAACUCAUUUCUGCGUCGGACCGUACGAUUCGUUGGUGUUCACGUGUUCGGUCUCCUGGCAACAGCCCUGGUGACAGAUGUCAUACAGCUAGCCACCGGUUACCACGCCCCCUUCUUCCUCACUGUUUGCCAGCCCAAUUACACCGCUCCCGGGGUGUCAUGUGACAACAACGCCUACAUCACACAGGACAUAUGUAUGGGGAAGGACCAGUACGCUAUCAUGUCAGCCAGGAAAACCUUUCCAUCCCAGCAUGCAACACUCUCUGGCUUCGCUGCUGUCUAUAUAUCCAUGUACUUUAACGCUAGCAUCAGCACCACGACCAAACUCCUGAAACCCCUGCUGGUGUUCGCCUUCUGCAUGGCAGCAGGCCUCGCUGGGCUGACACAGAUAACGCAGCAUCGCAGUCACCCAAUUGACGUCUAUGUUGGAUACCUGAUAGGAGCUGGAAUUGGAGUCUAUCUGGCUGUUUAUGCAGUGGGAAAUUUCAAAGCGUCAGAAGAAGACGCUCCCUCCUUUCAGAAAAUGACUCCCUCUCAUCAUAAGGACGGCCUCAGGGUGUUGAGUCAAAGAGGUCAUGACUCCCUCCACAGGAAGAAUCCCAGGGCGUCGGAGAGCAGGGAGGAGCUGGGGAUGGGAUCUGGGGCUCGCAGUAAAGUAAGAAGGGAGAAGGCUUCCCUGGCCUCCCUCAAAAGAGCCAGCGCCGACGUGGAGCUGCUGGCUACCAGGGGUCCCAUGGGCAAGGAAACCAUGGUGACGUUCAGCAACACACUACCCCGAGUCGCAAAUGGCAACAGCCCCAUUUCUCCCUCUGAUGAGCCUAUCGCCACGCAACGCCACAUGACCUUCCACGUCCCCUUUGACCCACAGAAGUCUCGACAGCUGGUAUCAGAGUGGAAGCAGCGCUCACUGGAGCUCCGCAGCCAGAGUUCACGAGAUGAGGAGGAGGGAAUUGAUGGGAGAGACGAAGGAGGGCACGGAGGAGGAGAAGAGGCAUUAGAUCAGGGAAUGCCUUCCUCUCUUUAUCCCACGGUGCAGGCCAAUAAGGGAUCCGCCACGCCCACUGGAGCCAGGAUGGUGGUGGCUCCUCCGCUGGUCCACAUCCCAGAGGAGGCCACACGUCCACCACCUGUUUCCCCCAAGAGUGCCAAAACCCGGGCCAAGUGGCUCGCACUCACAGAGGGAGGAGUGAAAGAGCCCGGACCAGGGCCCAUCGCCGUGUCUACUCCACGCGUACCCAACAUGCAACCCAACCAGCCGCCGAGUCAGCAAAGAGUUACUCAGGUGAUAGCGAUGUCUAAACAGCAGGGCCCGGGGCUGAUGACCUCGUCCAACAAGACAUCUGAGGGGGGCUCUUCUUCUGGUGGGGGCUCCAACUGCUCCGAGUCUCCCUACUACAGGAUCCCGUCUGAUCGAGACAGCUGCACCGGGAGCAACCCCGGGAGCAUCGCUGGGAGCGGGAGCAUCGUCACCAUCGACGCUCAUGCCCCUCACCACCCAGUGGUGCGGGUGUCAGCCACCAAUGGGAAGCCGUGGGAGUGGAGAAACACCAUCAGUGGGAACAUGCUGCUCACUGACCCUGUGGGGGACAAACACCGAGGGGCGCUGCAGCGUCAGGACAAUGUCAGCCACUACAGGGAUUACCGGACGCUCCCGGUAAAAACAGACUCCCUCUGCUCCUCCUCAGCCAGCGGCAGCACGGACAGAGAACCCGAGCUUCCUCCGCCACCUCUGCCCAACUCCUCCUCCCCUCUGCCUCCGCCACCCCAACUGUCAUCAUCCCCUCUCCCGCCACCACCACCCCACUCUUCCUCCUCCCCGCUGCCGCAUCAUCCACACUCCAUAUCCUCUCCCAUGCCUCCUCCUCCUCCUCACCAAGCUUCUUCUCACUUACCCCCACCUCCUCACCCAUCCUCUUCUCACUUGCCCCCACCUCCUCACCCAUCCUGUCAGAUGUCCCCCACACCGCCACAUUUUCCCCCGUCCCCUCAUAUGCCCCCACCUCCUCCUCACCCUUCCUCCUCUCUGUUGCCUCCACCUCCUCACCCAUCCGCCUCUCUCAUGCACCCCCUUUCUCACCCAUCCUCCUCUAUCCUGCCUCCACCUCCUCACCCGUCCUGCUCCAGCAUGCUUCCCCCUCCUCCCCACCCGGAUUUACUAAUGGAUGGCCACGGUCAGACGUUGUCCCGCACCUCCACCCUGCCUCGACGUCCUUCAGGCUCCGCCCGCAGCCACGCUGAGCAGGAGCACUACUACAAGACUAUGCAGAACGAGAGGAUGUUAUAGUGACACUUCAAAGAUUGUACUUUGGAACUCCACUGGAGAGAGACGGUAAAACAAAGCAGGAUGUGAUGGAUGAAGGAAAUAAAAGGUUCAUGACUUUUUAAAAAGGUGUACAGAAACUGAAUCUGACUGGAAGUUCAGUCAAAAGACGGGAAAAUGAGCAGACAGCAGGGGUGAAGGACUACUGGGAGGUUCUGGCAGCUCCUGCGCUCGGCGGGGGAUCUGCUUUUUCUGCCCUUCUUACAGAUACUGCCCACGGUGCCAACUCAACAGCCCCGGCGGAGGAAAGAACCAGAAUGAACCAGUAGGCAAGGGAAAAAAACCUGAGUUGAAUCCUCAAGGUCCACCUCUGCUUUAAGCACGCGCAUCCUCUAUGUUUCUUUAAGACAAACUCAAAGACAAGGGGGAGUAGAGGCUGCAGCUGAGAGCCAGCGAUAUCACAGUGAACACUUUGGAUUUGCUAAAUCAAGGUUCCCUUGAGAGAAGGAAUGAGAAAACAAAAUAACUUCAGGCAACACGAGCGCUUUUCCCACUGCAGCAGCUUUUUACAGAUGCCAACUAUUACACGCAGAGAAUUUACCCUUGUCCCAGCUGAAAAUACUCACUCCAUACAGCAUCAAAAAUAUACUGUACGUAAACUGCCAUUUUAGGCUGGAUGUAAAAACAAAUGUAAAGAAAAAAUAACCAAUGACCAAAAUACACAAAAUACUCCAGAAAACAUCUGUGGGAAGAUGCGGCUAGUGGAUUUUGGGAACAUUUACAGUGAAUAAUUUGGGUUAAGUUGGGGCCGAGUUUGUAUCUCAACCUCUAGGGGGUGCUGGGAACACAGGUGUAAUUGUCUGGACUGAGACAAGUUGACAACUUCUUCACAAAAGAUUAAGAACAUUUUAAAAUAAAAAAUCAUCAUCAACACUCACUGUUGGAUCUGCUGCCACCUACAGGGUCAAUUCUCCUACAGUGAACAGAGAAAGAGUCACUACAGAGAAACACACCAAGCUACACUUUAAUUGACUUAGGGAUCACUUCACCUACAUUCUGCAACGUUCAUUUUGCAUUUUGUCACUUUAAUUCUGUCACUUCCGAAUAACGGAUUUUUUUUUUUUUUUAAUUGGAAAAGUUACAGAAAUCCUCCUGCCCUGGGGCACACAAUGUCACGCUGUUUUUGUUUUUGUUUUUUUUUUUGUGCAA